AUGAGCGCCGAGAAUGGGGCUGCCAAAGCUCUCAUGCAUGAGGUUGGGGAGGCGCACCUGCACGAUCAGAUUAAACAGUUAGUUGAAAAGUCAAACCCCGAUACAAGACGCUUGAAUAUCAAUUCUCAGGCUACAUGUAUAAUAGGAAAGGGUGACGUACUUGUAGAACUCAAGCACAAGAGAGAUGAAAAGGAUAGGGCGAAGAAAGUUCCUAAAAGGUCAAGGCUGAACAGGGCGGAGGACGUUCAUAGGGAAAGGGACGGGGGCGCACAUUGA